AUGUGGCACCCAACAGAACCAAGAGUCAAAGAUUUGGUGACUGAGCCUUUUCCUUCUCAGGGUUUGAAGAAAACCAUCACCACCAUGGACCGGGAGCUUCCCCGCUCUGCCCUCAGCAUCAACAACAGGAAUGAGCUCCGGAAUGUGCUGCACCUGCACUCGCUGUACAAACACAACAAGGCAAAGGAAAACCCACUGAAAACACUGCUGGAAAUUAUUACUAAUUACUUCCUGGAGCACCGGGGGACUUCCAGGAGCAGCGGUUCCAGCUCUGCCCUGUCAACUCCUCAGAGUAAGAGCUCAGCAUCCCAUCCUCCCGAGCUCCCCGAGGAGGAUCACGGGAAUGCCAAUGCCCUGGAUGAGAGCAAAACUCAGGCCUCCAGACAUGAUGUUGAGAAUCCGCUGGAUAAAAACCUUCCAGCCAGAAAACAUCAGCACAGAAGUGAAAAAUGCCACACAGGGACAACACACAGCAGUAACCUACCCUCUGCUUGGGACAAAAAAUUGAAAGACAGCCAAGAGGAUUCAAAAGCAGCUGCAAUUUCUGAGGAGCUGAAGCCCRCAGGGAAGGAGAAGUCAAGGCCCAGGGCUGGUCUGGUUGCCAGGGGAAUGAUGGCUGGACCAGUGGCAAGUCCACCAGAGGAUCCCCAAAAAAGGAGGCUUUCCAAACGAUCCACGAGCAUCAGCAGCUCAGCCCAGCUCAGGUCUGAAGAGCACGAGGAACAUGACCCAAAUGUCCCAAGUGCUGAUUUUCAGGAAAACAAAGGAUCUCCAGCAAAAUYCAGUGUGGAAUUUGCAUCAAAGACUAUGCCCAGCUCACACACCAGUUCUGCCUCUGAAAAACCGAGGAGCGUCCCCAAAGAUCCAGAUGAUUUUUUCUCCAAGCUGCAGUCUGAGAGGGAGAGGAGCAAGGCAGAAGAAAGAAAAUCCCUUCCAAGCUUUUGUGCAAACAGCAGUGAGAAAAGCCUUAAAGUGAGUGCCCCUCACAGACAUUCAGGGGCUGGGAGAGAAAAGAAGGAAAGAUCCCUCAAGAAAACUGAGAGUCGCUUGUCAGGCCACAGGAAGUCUCCAACAUCCAUGGGCUAUAAAGAAGACCAGAUGAAAGAAGUCCUAGAAUUGGUUGAUGUUGAGGAUGAAGAGACACCUGGAGAAGUUAAUAAGACCCCAGAUCUUUCAACACUCUACAUGCUUCAAAUAGUGUCAAAGGCCAUUGAUAUUUCUCUGGCAAAAGAAUUAAAAAAUCUACUGUUUGGCUCUAGUCUUUGUUGCUUCAGCGAAGAAUGGAAAAUCCAGAGUUUUACAUUUAACAACAUCCCCCAGCUAAAAUACGGYAUUGUGCAGAAAAAGGGUGGCCCUUGUGGAGUUCUGGCUGCAGUCCAAGCCUGUGUCCUGCAGCAGCUGAUCUUUGCAGACAGCAACAGGAACAAAGACACCCGCUGUCUCCAGCCCUCAGAAGCUCACAGGACCAAGUGCCUGUGCUUGGCUCUCGCUGACGUUCUGUGGCGYGCGGGGAGCCACGAGAAAGCCAUCGUGGUGCUGCCGUCAGGAAGACAGCAGUUCACUCCCACAGGAAAAUACAAGGCAGAUGGAAUCCUAGAAACUCUGAUACUUCAUAGUGCCACAAGAUAUGAGGAUUUGAUUGUGUUCCUUCAGCAGAACAUUCACCAGUUUGAAAUUGGUCCCUAUGGGUGCAUCCUCCUGACUGUGUCUGUCAUCUUAUCGAGAUCCAUCAACCUGGUGCGCAAUGACUUUGAUGUGCUCACGAACCGCCUGAUUGGCAGCCAUGGCUACUGCACUCAGGAAUUGGUGAACUUGCUUCUGACUGGCAAAGCUGUGUCCAAUGUUUUCAACAACGUGAUCGAGCUGGACUCUGGCAAUGGCAACAUCACCAUUCUGAAGGGCAUCACCAGCCGYAGUGAUAUCGGUUUGCUGUCCCUCUUUGAGCACUAUGAUGUCUGUCAGGUUGGCUGUUACCUGAAGACCCCCAAGUACCCMAUUUGGCUGGUCUGCAGUGAAAGCCACUUCAGUGUGCUCUUUUGUCUGGAAAAGGAUUUGCUCAGUGACUGGAAAGCAGGACGGAGGUUUGAUCUCUAUUACUACGAUGGYUUGGCCAACCAGGACGAAGAAAUACGGUUGACAGUGGAUACAGCUCAGGUGUGCCCUGAAAAUAAGGAAAACGAUCUUACUCCUCCACUUGAGCACUGUAUUAGGACAAAGUGGCAAGGAGCUGUCAUCGACUGGAACGGCACGGAGCCCAUCUUGUGACCGAUCCGACCCGCACUUUCUUUGGGGAGGCCAGCAGGAAAUGACUGAAUCAGCACAGUCCUAUUCCCACCAGUGCAGGAAACAGGACAGUUUGAGAUGAGGGAGAAUGACAUGGCUUCCAGGCUGGCAGAGUUUCACCUCUGUCGCCUCGUGCUUCGGGUAUUUUGCGUAUAAUAUAAACACCCCUGACGUCAAUUCCUUGUCACUGCCUUUAGCAUGAAGCUCCCGAGGGCAGGCCGGGUUCCCACCACCAAAUCAAGGUCACAGAUGGAGCAGUGAAGUCAUCAACGUCCCCUUGAGGUCUCUUUCUUGAUCCACUCCAUAUCCUGUGAUUGUUUGGAAGCAUCUGAUGGGAGAUGCUGAACCCAGGUUCCUCUCACUUCGCAGCCUUCUCUGUCCUUCCUUGUUCUUCCUUGACAAAGCUCCAGUACCACUAGGAAACAUCAUCCAAGGAAUAUAUAAUCACCUCGUUACCUGGUAUUAGCAAGCCUAAUUUUGCACUAAAUAGGUUGGUGACCAUCUGGGCUUUCAGGGAAAGCCUGACCUGUACCGAGCUCUCGUUGUGUUCUAAAUUUGCAGUGGGGGUCGUGGUUGUGUGUUACCAAAAUACUCCCAUUAGUAAUUCCUAGUGCUGGGUGCAGUCGGUGUGUAGCAGUGCCUCGUGCUGAUAUGGCUCAUUUUUCUUGCUGAUAAGAGGCAGCUGUAUCAGUAUCUUUACAUUUCUACUGUUAUUUCUACACCAGGAUUUAUUUACACCCGAGUGACAGGUCAGAUCUGCGGUUUGCUUCUUCGUAAAUACAAGAAAAGAGAAGAGUUGUUGGUGUUGAAAUUCAAACCGUGCCUAUCUGUGAUAGAUCAAACCAGUAUCCAUGGCUGAAUAAAGUGCAUGUGCUGGAAUGAGGUACUGUGGGGAUGGGUCCUGAGGUACUGAAGCCACAGUUUGUAUUCUGAUUAAUUCUGUUUUAGCAAAACUUUACCAAAAUUGGAACGGGUUACUCUACGGAAGGUUGGAAAAAAUGCCUUGGAAAAAAAAGCCAGAUCAAUGGUGUUUCUAGAGUUAUUCCUCUCUCUUGAGAGUGAAUGUUUCAUGAGAGUUCAAUAAAGGACUUUUGUUUUCUGA